GAAGUAAAUAGCUAUAUACGUGCCUGGAAUAAAAGAAAACAUAUCUGAAACAUUGAGACACAGGACAACAGGGGCCAGAGGAAACUGUACACCAUGAAGAUAAUUUUUGGGAAGGUCGUGUGUGUUGUAUGCAUUCUAUUCCUUAAUGCUACAGGUUCACUGUCUCAGCUCAGAGUUUGUGGUCAGGCUCCUCUGAACAACAAGAUUGUUGGUGGUCAAAAUGCUGGUCUUGGUUCCUGGCCUUGGCAGGUUAUUGUUCAGUCAGCAAACACCCUCUGUGGUGGCAGUCUGAUCAGUCAGAACUGGGUCUUAACAGCUGCUCACUGUUUGAAAAUGAAUGGAAUACCUUUUACUGCACCUCAAAUCACAGUCUCACGACGACUUGAAAAUGGGACUGUAAUGGAGACAAUAAAUGCUAUUAAAUUGAUCAUCCAUGAAGGCUAUAACGAUACCACUCUGGUCAAUGACAUUGCACUAGUCCAGCUCUCCUCUUCAGUGCAGUUUAAUGAUUAUUUCCGUCCGGUGUGUCUUGCUGCAAGCAACAGCUCUUUUCCAAGUGGUACCAAUGUCUGGGCCACAGGAUGGGGUAAAAUCAAUAAUAUUAAUUCGGACGUCGCUCAAAAGCUGCAGGAGGUGAAGUUGCAGAUUGUCAAUAACAGUGACUGUGCACAAAAAUUAAGACCAAUUAUGAUCACAGACGGUAUGAUGUGUGCUAUCUCUCCUGUGGGUGGACAGGACAUAUGCCAGGGUGAUUCUGGAGGUCCACUGGAGGUGAAAUUUAAUGGAAGCUGGAUUCAAGGUGGGAUUGUGAGCUUUAACACUGAAGCUGGAUGUGCUCUUCCAUCUAUACCCAGUGGGUAUACCAGAGUGUCUCAGUACGAAGACUGGAUUAAUAACAACACAGGCAACAAUCAACCAGAAUUUGUUGCAUUCUCCCUUGGCAGUUACAUCUCCCUCAACCACUUCUGUCUGUUCCUUUCUUUCACCAUCAUCCCCUUCAUUCUCCCUUCCUUAUCCAUCUAUUAGUGACGUUAGCCAAAUUAAAGACACAAGCACCAAGAACAGAAAGUAAUCUAACAUAACACAUAAUUUAAUUACUUAAGCUUUACUUUUUUUGAACUUUAUUUUCUACAAAGCUACAUUUUAAUGUAGUUAUUUUUCAUGUGAAACGAAGAGACAAAACCUAUACGCUUGUGUCUGAAAACUAAAGUCUACAUAAAUUCAAAAGCAAAUUCAGGCAUAUUUGUUACAAAGAACAUUUUAAUCAUGAGAAUUUCUAGUUUUAAAUAAAUUCCUGAUAAAUUCAUGUUUAAUAUACAGUCAUGGAAAAAAGUACACCCUCCAUCAAUUCAAUGUUUUUAUUUAUCAGUUUUCCAACAUUUAAUGGCAAUUCCUUACGUGUGAAACUGAGUUUCAGAAUUUAGGUUGCUCCUCUUUCAUUACCAGAUGGUAUGGUGCAAAAAUCAAAUGAAUAACAUUUAAACAGAUAGAUAAACAGGCUUGGUGGUAUUUUUGAUGCUUUAAAUCCUUUUUUUAAUAGUAUAUGUUAAUAUGUUAAUAUGUUUGUUUCUGUGAUAUCUUUCUUUUCUCCCAGUUUGUUGUCAGGCUUCACAAGAUCCAAGAGAGAUGCUGCUCUUGGUUCCUGGCCUUCGCAGGUUAUUGUUCAGUCAGCAAACACCCUCUAUGGUGGCAGUCUGAUAAAUCAGAACUGGGUCUUAACAGCUGCUCACUGUUUAAAAAGGAAUGGAAUAGAGUGAAAUUUUUUUCUUGAGAAAAAAGUCAAAGGUAUCUAUGAAAUAAUAAUAUAAUUAUUUGUAUGUUCAAUUUGUGCAACUUAUAAGGUGUCCAACAGUUUACUGUAAACAAUUAACAAUUAUAUAUCAGGCUUUAUUCUGCCUGAUAUAUAACAGUGACAGCAGCAUGUAUCUUCAAACUCUUUUCCACAAUGGACAAAGCAGAUUUACAGUUAUUUAAUUUCGAUUCUUAUGGAAGUGAAUCGAAAUUAAAUAACUGUAAAUCUGCUUUGUCCAUUGUUGAAAUAGCUGAAUAAACACAAUGUGAUUUAAUUUUAUUGAUUUUUUCAUUUUAUAUAUGAAACAUGUUACUGAGGUAUUUAAUGUCAUUAACACUUAAGUAAAGUAUGAUGUGACUAAUGUGACUAAUGGGCACUAAUGGGGGGAUAUGAAUGAAGUCGUAAUUACGACUAGGAAUCUCAGACAUUAUUUUGUUAAGUUUAGUUUCUGAGAUGAAAGGAGUACUCAAGUUCCACAUUGUGGAGGAGAGUACAGUUUCAGUCUCUUCUGUCAUCAUUCAUAUUCAUUCAUGUACUUCAGCAACCUUUCUCUGAAUUAUGAACAUUUUUACAACCUAUAAAACAGCGUUUUUAUCCAAAA